AUGAUUGCUAAUACUUCUCGGCAAGAUGACUCCCACUUUGUGGAAAAUUCUUUCACCUCGUCCCUCAACAUACAAACCAAUCCCCUUGAAGGCAAGCAUUCAGGAACACCUACUGUUGACUCUGUUACUAUGUUUCCGGAGGAUUCUGCAACUCAGGCAUCACUUGAAAUGGAAGUGGGUUCUUCCGUCACAAUGCCAGCGUCUUACAGUAUUUUAAAAGCUAAAGUCCGCAGAGGCAAUAUUGGAAAGAUCAUGAGCUCGGAUACGUUUGAAACUAAAGCAAAUGUGGCGGAAGACAUGUUAACUGUUCAAUCACCCCGGACAUCAGAAGGGUCUUCUACAGCCGCCUUAUCUACCAGCAAUGGGCUACGUACUCCUCUAAAAAGAGGCGUUAUGAAGCAUUUACAGGAAAUAGUCAUUUCUGAGCAGCAAAUUCGUCCAACUGCUCAAGGAUGUGCUUGCGUUUCAGAGGCAGACGCUGUUACUAGUGCUCAAGGCAUACGGAAGAGAAGCAGAGGAGCAUCAGCCCAAGUUGCGCGAAGACUUUUCGAAACCGAAUUACAAAGAAACGAACGUCUUAAAGCAAACGAAGCAAGACGAAGGCGGCGAACAGCAUUCGAAGCCGAACAGGAAAGGAUGUUUCAGGUAUCUAUCAACAAAAUGCUUUAA